UCAAGAAGAGUCAGGUCUUGAGAAUUUCGAAUAUGAAUUGCUAGACAUGUACCUUUUGAUAAAUCGAUGAAUGUUCCUGGCGUAACCAGAACCUGCAUCCCCCCAACGUUUAUGAUAUCUCUGGAAGGCAAGCACAAUGAGUCACCAUCUCAGAUUCAUCAAGAGAGCUGACGUCUUGUUUAGAUCAAAUCUACGAGGCACUCAGGCACACGUGUGUCCCCAAUGCCGGCAGUUCUUCUCCUCGCGGAAGACGCAGGGCAGCCCACGCAACUCGAACACUGGCCAGAGUGAUAAUGGCGAGAGCAAAGAGGAGACAUGGACAUUCCUGGGCUUUUCGUGGCCAAAGCUGGAGUGGAGUAUGAUUCCGACCAGUGUCGGGUUUGCCUGCAUCGGUGUGUUGGCGUUCCGUCGGUCCCAGGAGCGACACGAGCGCAAUCGAACCCGAGCAGAGGAGACGGCAACCAUAUACAACGGAAUAGAGAUUGACAGCUGGAAGAUCCAAGUGGGCACCAUUCUACCAACGCGUAUAAUGUCGCGAGCAUGGGGCUGGCUGUCGUCGUUGCACCUGCCGGUGUGGGCACGCCGCCCUCUGCUCGGCCUGUAUGCGCGCGUCUACAGCUGUGACAUGAGCGAGGCGGUGGAAGGCGAGGACUUGGCGCAGUACGAGAGCCUGCUGGCGCUGUUCAGCCGCAACAUCAAAUCUGAACUGCGGCCCAUCGGUGACAAACACCCGCUGGUUUCGCCCUGCGACGGAACCAUUGCGCACGUCGCCAAGAUGGACGAGCGGCACAUGGUGGAGCAGGUCAAGGGCGUUAGCUAUCCAGUACAGGCACUGUAUGGACCCAGCAUUGGCCCCAGUCUCUCCUCUUCACAGGACGCGGACGAAGGCGGCAAACGUGAUGGCAUGCACCUCUACCAGUACAUCGUCUACCUGUCACCGGGAGAUUACCAUCACUAUCACUCGCCAACUACAUGGGCCGUGCACCAUCGGCGGCAUUUCUCUGGUGAACUUCUUCCCGUAGCCCCGCCAUUGUUCAAGAGAGUCCCCGGCCUGAUGGCACUCAACGAGAGAGUGGUGCUAACUGGUACAUGGCAGCAUGGCUUCUUCUCCAUGAUUGCCGUCGGUGCACUCAAUGUUGGCUCGAUGAAGAUCGCGUUUGACAAGAACCUGGAGACCAACUUGGACGAAAACUACAUGCCCGGGUUCUACCGCGACCUGAAGUUGUCCAACGUUGACCUGAAGCAUGGGAGCUACGUGGGCAGAUUUGUGCUCGGCUCCACGGUUGCUGUAGUUUUUGAGGCACCCGCUGACUUCCAGUUCCUUGUGAAGGCCGGGGACAAAGUGCGCUUUGGCCAGCCAGUGGGCAGCUGCGGUGAUGCUAAUGGUGCUCGUGCGGCUUGAGUUGGAGCGGAUGCCCUGCUAGCUUCCGUUAUGGUGAUACCGUGUUGCACACUGGAGUCAACGUUUGAGCAACAUCAGGGCUCAGAACUAUCAUGAAGGGAGAUGCACUAGAGAAGCUGAACAACCCUAGAUGCGACAAUGCCUCCUACCCCAUGAGAACUGCAAAGAAUACAUGGCCUUGGUACUUUCCCCUGCAACUCAUUGGAAACUGCAUAGGCUGAAUGUAUCCACGACUCCCAUAUUCUCCUGCUGGGCUGCAAGACCAGAAUGCCAUUCUUCUCGCAUAUACUUCACCCAUUGUUGUAGCUGUGUGCACUGCAUUCGCAACACGACAGGAAUUGUGUUGGGUUUGUUCUGGUCCGUCCGUUUUCAUUGCAUUCCAUGCUGUGCAUGCGGAAGCUCCAUGGUGCCUUUCUGAGCUGCAUCGACAUGUUUGUUAACGCAGCUACGUACUAUCAUGCCCUGUGGAGUCUGCGUGUACUUAGGAAAGCAAUGCUACUGUACAUGAUAACCUCGUAAUAAUGCUGACUGGCUUUUAUGGCUAUCCCGCUACGCUGCUGCAGGCCAUGCUGUGGUCAUAGUGUGCCACCUCACUCUACACACGCAUCUGUCUUUACUGCCUGAUUAUAUCCAUUCCAUAUUUUUCUUUUGCAACGGACUACUGACGUAGGUCCUGACGUGAAACAGAUGCGGGCAUCUGAAUGAAACAA